UAUACAGUCGAUGAUGAGACAGUUUCCGUGUUAGUCCUUUUGCUAUUAAGACACUUUUCCAAUAAUUUUUCUUCUGGGAAUAAUAUAACUGCAUUUUGUAUUUGUAGGGUAUUAAAAGUGAUGGCUUCAUUUCUUUCACCCACAACCUUUGCAUUGGGCUCUAUCAACUUUGCUGACUAUGAGCGUGGUCUCACUUUGACACAGUACUCUAUGGUGCUAUUGGUCUCUAUCUAGAUAAGACUGGGACACUAGAUUUAGCUCAUCACGAUGAGCGAAUGUUGGGACUCCAUUUACUUCAAUUUCCUGAGGUUGUUGAAGAAGCUUGUACGAAUCUUCUACCAAAUUUAUUGUGCGAGUAUCUCUAUAACUUAUCCGAGGAUUUCACAAGAUUCUACACAAACUGUCAGGUGGUUGGCUCGGCCCAGGAAACAAGUAGGCUCUUGCUUUGUGAAGCAACCACAGUUGUGAUGAGGAAGUGCUUCCACUUAUUGGGAAAUAUCCUUGCUUUAUCCAACGACUUGACUUUGCGGUUUUCAGCGAUGUGGUCAAAUGGACCACUUAGCAACAGAUUGCGAAGAGAGAGGCUGGGGAGUUUGAUGAAGAAGGUGAUACUGAAGUGGUGGCAAAAAAGUCUUAUCAAGUUAAGUUUUAAUUUGGGUUUGAUUACAAAUCCAGUUCCUUUAUGUACUACAUUUGUAUUUCUCUGCUUGGCUACUUUGAAUUUGUGUUCGUGAAUGGUUUAAAAUUUCAAAUUUAUAUUUGACACCCAUGUUUCA